AUGGUCUGGCAUGAUCGGUUGUUAGAAUCAUUGAUUGGCCCGAAAAACUACGACAAUCAAGUUGAUUGACCAAAAUCUUUAGCACAAUUACCCCUUUUAAUCCUUGCUUGUUCUACGCAAUCAACACAGUCGAAAAACGAACGGAUUCGCAAAAAGGUAGAUUCAUUCUAGAACCAUGCUAACGUUCAGUUGUUAGGGACCAAUUGUAGGUAGCAUUCGUGAGAUGGAUAAUACUAGACCAACUAAUCUUUUCAACAGGGCCCCACAGGUACUGCAGGUAGGAUAUACACAUCCAUUUGGUUAGAGAUUAUUUGCUAACUAUUUAUCAGGCCCCUCGGUGAGUUUCUACCUUCUAUAUGAGAACUUCGGAAACUCGCUAAAGGUUUAAGGGACCAUCUGGACCCAAAGGAGAUCAAGGAAAUCCAGGUCCAACUGGAAGCGUUGGCCCUGUCGGACCAUCGGUGAGUUUUCCCCUCCCCAUCUGCUUGAAAUCUCGCUUCACUUACUACCUAAUUUCCUUGGGACCUCGCUAAAUAUUGAUACAGGGACCCUCUGGAGCAUCUGGCGCUAAGGGAGACCAAGGAGAUGCAGGUCCUACUGGAAGUGUUGGUCCUAUCGGCCCAUCCGUGAGUUUCCCCCGCCUGAUUUGUUUGGGCUCUCGCUUAACCCACCUACCCAAUUUCUUUCAAUCUUGCUAACUACUAAAGGGACCCUCCGGAGCAUCUGGAGCUAAGGGAGACCAAGGAGAUAUCGGCCCAACUGGAAGCGUUGGCCCUGUAGGCCCAUCUGUGAGUCUUAACCUAACCUGCAGAAUUUUGUUUGGGCUCUCGCUUAGCCCACCUACCCAAUUUCUUUCAAUCUUGCUAACUACUCAAGGGACCAUCUGGGGCAUCCGGAGCCAAGGGAGAUCAAGGAGACGUAGGUCCAACUGGAAGUGUUGGCCCAUCUGGUAAGUUAAUUUAUCCUCUUAUCCCUUCCAGAUACGAGAGUUACAAAGAAACGUGGUCGCAAAGUGGAGUGAAAUAUUCACUUUGACAACACUUCUCCGGAAAAUGAAAUCGUAUAGUAUAGUAAACCCGGCUAUGUUUCUAAGCAUCUAAGCCUUAACACCAUGCAGUUUUACAUCCACUUAUAUCCACUUUAAGUGCACGUCUUUUUGUAACUCUCGCAUCUGGAAGGGAUAUUUGAAUACUUGAGAUAUUUCUAACUUUAAUUAAUAGGACCUUCCGGAGUUCAGGGCAUUCAAGGAAAUCCGGGGCCAACUGGCAGCGUGGGCCCUGUUGGCCCAUCUGGUGAGUAUGUAGCUAUAUCUUUAUAUUUGAAGAUAUUUGAAAUCUUUUCAAUAUUCGAAUAUCUGAAUAUUUGAAACCUCUCUAACUAUUAACAGGGCCGUCUGGACCUCAGGGUAUUGAAGGUAGUGUAGGUCCAACUGGAAGCGUUGGCCCGUCUGGUGAGCUGAUUUUCCUCUUCCUUUUACUAUACUUUGUCCGAGGCGAAUUAAUUGUGGGUUUAAUCGGGUGGCUGAGGUUGGCGAGAGGGUUAAAUCCCCUGAAAGAUCUACAACCAUUUUGCCUGAGACGAAGUAUUUAUAAAUUUAAAUCAAUCUAAAUUUGCUUUAUAGGGCCGUCCGGACCUAAGGGAGAUCAAGGAGAACCAGGGCCAACUGGAAGCGUUGGCCCCACAGGUUGGUAAUCUAUAUAUGAAUUAAUUCCACAAAAGCUAACUUAGGUUUAGGUCCCGCUGUAAGUUUCAAAGCUCUGAAUGUCAUUAAUCUAGUCAUACUCACUUUAUCAAGGGACCAACAGGUGCGUUGAAGGUUAUCUAUACAGACUGCUUUCCACAAGACUAACUGUCUUCUAGGACCACAAGGAGACAAAGGCGAACAAGGUGACAGGUAAGUUGCGUAGCGUUUCACGAGUUUAGUUGUUGAAUUUUCAACACAUGAUUUGCCCCGCAGAUCUAAUCAAAACUAGGGGAGCGGAUGGAUCAGCCUGUAAGCACCUUGACUGUUGAUAUUCUUGAUGAAUGCUGAUUUAAGCUUAGACGUCGUCACCGCACCGACCGCAACUGCGACGCCUCCCCCUGUGCAACCCCAAGACGACCCAGUAUGUAGCCUGAAUUAUCCAGUGUAUUUUCUCAAAUAAACUUGUAUAGGGAUACGGUACCCAAACAUGCAAUCAACCCGGGCAUGACAUGGGCUUCGAAGUGACACCAGACCAUCCAACCUUGAUUCCAUGGACUUUCACCUCACCCGCAGAUACUGGUGUCCAGUAUAACUUCUCAGUGCCAAGUGUGACGGACGGCUCUGACUCGACUCCAUUUUCCGGGCAACAAACUGCUCGUAUCAGGUUCACGGGUACAGGCACACUUGCCGAUUUUCACCAAGAUAAUAUCAUUCUUUGUGAGGAUUCUGACUAUACAUUUACCGCGGUAAGUAGCAAGAUGCUAGAAAUACCAACAGAGCUGACUUUUAUCAAGAGUAUCAAAAGGGGAUCGAAAUUUGCAAAAUCGGAUUGCCACAUUGAUUGGAGCAUUGGCGGUGGUCCCAACGAUGACACUUUCCGAUCCCUAGGUAGAACAACGCUUGACGCUACACAAGGUACCUGGCAAACGCAUACUGGCUUCGUUGAAAAUUCUGGAAGCACAGUGAGAUCCUGGACUCUGAAUGCACAAUUUCCUUGCGACAGUCUUACAGAAACACCCUUCGGAUCUCUAUACUUUGACAAUUUCUCUAUCACCAAAGGUUCUUCUACAUCAACAAGUCCACCAACCACCUUACAGACAACUACGUCCUCGUCGUCCUCGAGCUCCUCGUAGGUAUACUUGACUUUUUUGAAUAUUUAGAUAGCUAACUACCAUGGAACAGAUCCUCAUCUUCGUCGAGCUCUUCGUAAGUAUAAUUAAGUAACUUAUUUACAUGAAAAGAAAACUAACUACCCGGUAAUAGAUCAAAGACCUCUUCUGCUUCUACUACUCCUACUGCAUGUCCAGUUGCCGUUUCCGGUCAGACAUGCGCCAGGAAGGCUUUUGGAGGAUCCGGUAACCCUGUUGCCUAUGACGACUUCACUGACUAUUCCGGAACCAAUCCUGUUACUCCUCAAGCUUGCCACACAAAGUGCUUACUGGAUUCGAGAUGCAAAAGUUUCCAAGUUGGGGAGGGUACAGGCACGGAAGGUGCAUGCUUCUUAUAUGAUACUCUUACCUCAAUCGUCGCCGCCAAUGAGAAUUCCCCAUACACGUUCUACGACGUAGGAUAUCCAAACUAUAGUCCCGUAUGUUACACCCACACUGUCUCUCAUUUUAUUUUAGUUCUCUAACAUAAAUUCUAGACUGGGUGUCCGGGCGGUACACGAAAAGUCAGACGAAAUGUCGUCGAGCGCGCCUUUUAA